AUGCAAUAUAUACAUAUAUAUGCCUCAUUCCUCUUUGGAACUAUUCCUAUGGAAUACACUGCAACCAUGGCAGCCUUCCUUAGUUUGUGUCCGAUAUUUAUUCCAAUCACCUACAUAAUGCAUCUUCAAAGCCACCACAAUACAGGAGACGUCAAAUUAGUUACAAGUAACAAAAUACAAUUAAAUGUUUGUAUUCGAUAUAUUCUUUUCGUUUGCAUCUUCAUUGCUUUCUACUUUCACAACACUUUAACCCUUUAG